AAAGUCUCCUCAUUCUAUACGAGGCAGUCAGUCUAUGUAUAAAGUCGGAAGAGCAUCGCGGAAAAUCACACGCACACCUAUCACUUUUCCAGACACGCGUUGAAUAUCGUUCGAAUCGGCGAACAUCGUCUAGAAUCUAACAGAGGAUCGCCAGGAGGACCGAACAGUUCCUCUCGACGGAACCACCACCAUCCUUGCAGUCUCAGUUCUGGUUAGACUCGGUGCGCGGGUCUAUCCCGCCUCGAGGGUUCAUCCUACACGUUCGCCUUUGAAGAUCGUUCCGACGACCCGUCUGACUCGAAGAGACUAGGAGAGAUCGAUCGAUCGAUUGGAGAUCAAUUGGAAUUUCUGACUUGGAGAACCGAAGAAAUAAACGGCAAGAUGAAACUGAUACUAUUAGUGACUUUGUUAGCUGUCCUCUACACCGUGGACCACUCCAACAGCGCGGCGGUGAAAUCAGAGGAAUUUGCGGAACAAUUGCGUCGUAUCGUUCACGAUAGUUCAAGAACUCAAAGAGCUACCGAAAGCGGCAACGAUGACGAACCUAAACGAAAUUGUUAUGAUGCACCUUGUGGAUGGAACACGUACAAUCUCGUCACUCGUCGAGGCGAAUUAUAUACGCCAAACACAUGCAAAUGUCCCGACAAGACUUACAAAUGCGUACGCACCGGUGAAAACGUAGCAAUGAGUGCGUAUGUAUAUCACUGUCGUCAAAACACGACAUCGGAUGAUAUCGAAGGUGAAACGUCCGACGACAUGGACUACCUCAGUUAAGACGUGUCCAGAAGAUUGUCAAAACAUGCGAACAUACCUGAUUUAAGCACCUCCAGCAGCCAUGGUCAUGGGUAUCACCGCCAUCCUCGUGUCACCGAAGCGAUUCUCCCCUUGUCUUCUCAUCCGGGAUUAUUUUAGCAUCACAAACAAACAACGCGUGGACACUCAUUUUAUGUUACCUACAUAACAGAACAGGUCACGUGGUUUUAUCUUAUUUAUGCGCUUUUCGACGAUCAAACACAAUUAACUUUGAAGUUUCGCGAUCCUACUAACAUGGCGCGUGCGCAACUGAUGUCUACCGCGUAAAUUUGAUCGAAUGCCGGAUCGAUAUAUUCAAAUAUGGCCGCUAUUCAACUAUCGAACUUUUAUCGAAUCUGAACCCACGCCUAAGAAAUAAUUUGUUCCUUGAAUUAGUAUUCAUAAUGAUAUAACAAUGAAUCGGCAUUCAAUCAAUGAUAUUUAAAGAUUAUUAAUGAAUUGUUGGUAUUAAUAUACUAACAAAGUGAAAAUUUAAGUGAAAUUGAUUGGACCAUGGCGAGCUCACGGUUGAAUUGCACGCGCAACAUGUUUUAGACAGAUUAUUAUUAUAAAAAGUAGUUGUCUCGAGUAUAUUUUUAUUCAAAAGCUUGUCUGAAUGUAUUAUUUACAGUUUUCGUAUUGUUUUAACGAGAAAAUUUGAUAAAGAUUAGUAAUCUUACCGAGUUACCCUGGACGACUCUUCAAACGAUGUGACCCGGACGAAGGGACUCACGCAACUAAGCACGUAGUCCGUGUUUCUAUGGUUACGAAUACUUCCCGCGAAUGGCGCGAUUUUCAAAUGCGUUAAAAACUAAAUUCGCAUGAUAAUUUGCUGUCGUUCGAAAAUAGAUAAGUUUAAUCGCAAUUUUACUUCAAAUUACUCGUAGAGAAAAUUCAUCAUAUGUUAAUUACCAGCGGCAACUAACACGUAUUAAUGUUUUACAAUUUAUAAUGAUAAGUUUUAUUAGAUUUUCUUGGUUAUUUGAAAAUAAGUUAUAAUUCAUAAAAUUUUACUAAAUACAGCAAUCUUUUCAAGACCUGAUUUUAAUUCUAUUUUAACGAUUAGUAUCAAUCGUUUUGUUUGAAUUAACUGCAUCAAAUUACUGUUCGAUGAAUAAUUUGAAGGUAAAUAAAAUCAGGUCUAAAGAUUAUAAUUAAUAUAAAGCUUCUGAUAAGAUAUUCAAAAUUCGUAUUUGUAAAUCUGUUCCCCAAGCUAUUAACGCUUUUGAUACUUAUUUAGACAAGAAAUGUGCGAAUUGACAUUUUAAAUUUAAGAAAAUCCACAAACCUCGUGUCCUUUUCUGUUUAUUAGAAAAAUAGUACGAUUGUGUAAAUUUUAUUUCAUGGUUAUCAUUUAAAUAUUUACUUUUGAUUCCAUCUAUUAAAAAAAAAAGUAUAACCAUGAAUCAUUAAAACUAUCUUGUCUUUUUCAAAUACGAAUCGAGGAUAGAUUGUCAAAAUCAUUGACAAAUGAACUUCGACACUCGAUUCGAACACACAUUGAUUUCUAUUUGAAUUUUAAAGUUUCUUUAAAGAAUGUGAACUUUUGUCGAAGUUCAUCGGUGACUAACAAUUAUUUCUUAAGUUAACAUACACCUUAGAAGUACUCAAAGGUGGUGUAAAAGUAGCAAGGAUAGUUAUUACAGUAUUUCAAUAAGGCACAAUCCACAAUUUUGUACUUAACGGGGAAAAUUGUUUCAAACUUUUUUGUAUAUCAUAAUCGACUAUUUAUAACGUGCUAAAAACAAUAAAUGUGAACAUAAUAUCAUUCAUUCAUUACGAAACAUCAUACUCAAUUAUUAUUUUUUUUUAUUCAAAGACCAAAGAGGUUUUUGCUGCAAUAUUUCUCCAUUGAACAUUGUACGCUUUUUAAACAAAAUUACACCAUUUUCUAAUUAUCUUUCAAAACAAAGAUAUGAUAAAAUAAAAAGGUAACUUUUGUUAGUAAAAAUUAUAAUAUUUCAAUUUUCUACACUGGACAGGAUUUUUAAAUAAUAACAAUUAAACUAUUUUCAUCAAAUUAUAGUCCUUGAAAGCGUACAAUAUCUAAGAAAAUAUUUGAAAUGUUUUUAGCAAGCAUGUAGAAAAUAGUACAGGCAAUGUAUUCGUAUACAGUAUUUCAUUUAGUAAUAUUUAAUACACAGAAAGUGUAAAUUAUUUUUAAUAAAAAUAAGUAAUGUUGUAGGAAA